CACCUUGCUCUCAGCCAAGCCAGGCCAGCUCAGAGGCAGGCAUGGGAGCCCCAUCUGUCAGAGUGGGGCCUGCCGGCUGCCUGCCAGGCAGGCUGAGUGUGGGAGCUCUGUGUGACCCCGGUGCUGGUCUGGGUGUAUGGAUGUGGAGGGGAGGUGAGCUGAUGAACAGGAAGUACAUGCAGUGCGGGCGGCCCAUGUGGUCAGGGCAACUCUGAUGCUGGUGUCUGCUGGGGCGUCUGGGACCGCUGAGGUUUGCCGAGCUGGGCUGGGCUCUGGCCCCACUCGCCAUCAUCUGACCUCGGGUCAAGCCUUUUCUCACAGUUCCUGCUGAGGAAGGUGAGCUGGCCACACUGUAGAAAGGCUGGACACUGACCUAUGCAGAGUUGCAAAGGGAAUGGACAGACAGGGCUGACCUGGGACUCUCCCCCUAUCAGCCCAGGAUCCAGGCCCCUGGGUAGGCCCACCUCAGCCUGGGCACCAAGAGACCCUGUCUUCUCUCUCAUCAGGAGUCCAGGUGGGGCAACCGAGUCACAGAUUAGCAAGGAGCUUGUCUCAGGGGUGGAAGCCACUGCCUCCCAGCUGCCAGCUCUUCACUGCUUUUCAUUCCAGGGGAACAGCACUGUGGGGCAAGCCUGCAUCUGAAAGUGCUCUGUUCCUCAUUAGCCGGGAGAAAGCAGAGUUUUCUGGAUCCAUAGAGGACGGGGCCCAGGGCACUAGUGGCUCUCCUAUGUCCGAGAUUCUUAGAGGAAACGUCUUCGGUAGGACCCGGACUGAAUGAAUGCCCUGCCCUGUCCCACAACCAGUUUCAUCAGGAAGAGCAGUGGCAGGAAUUUUCACUGUGUGUUGUUCAAAAUUCAGUUCUGCUUUGCCAAGGCAUGGAGGCAGAAGACAUUGCAAAGGCUGGAGACAGAGCACCGGAUCCAGGCUCCAGCAAUGAUGGCCGGCCUGAGAGUGUGCAGGCUCAUUUCCCACAUGGAGGGCAGUCCCCCGGCCCCGAUGCUCUCUGGGAGGUGCUAGAAGGGAAGUUUCUGGAACACAAGCAAGAGGUUUUCAGGACCCCAGAUGAAUGCCGGAAGAGCCUGCUGAGCCUUCUCCCCCUGUUCCUAAAGGCUUGGGAACAUUCUGUGGGGAUCAUCUGCUUUCCCAGUAUCCAAAUGUUGGCAGAGGACGUGUCCCACCAGCUUGCCCAAGACAUACAGAAGGCCCUUGCUGGGAAGCCUGCAGAGCAAGCGCGAGCAGUUGCUGGGCAGCUGCUACAAUGGAAGGGGGAUGUGGAUCAGGGUGGCUACCUGCUCCUGAAGUCGGCAUAUGUGCUCACAGGGACAGACUCGGAGACGCUGGGCCGAGUUGCCGAAUCUGGGCUCCCAGCCCUGCUUCUACAGUGCCUUUACCUCUUCUUUGUCUUUCCUUCGGAAAAGGAUGAGAUUCUGGAGAGCAACCUUCAGGUUCAGAGGAUGUUUGUGCAGAUGUUGCUCAACAUUUGCAGUGAGUCUCAGGGUCUAGAAGGACUUGUCUCAGGAACUGAGCUCCAGUCUCUAUUGAUUGCCACGACCUGUCUUCGGGAGCACAGCUGCUGCUUCUGGAAAGAGCCCACCUUCUGCGUGCUGAGAGCAAUCUCCAAGACACAGAACCUCAGUAUCAUCCAGUACCUGCAGGCCAUGGAUUGUGUUAAGAUUUCCCUCCAGAACCUCUCCAAGCUUGCAGACACGUUCCCGGCUCCAGACGUGAGCGAGGCUGUGGGGCUCAUCUUGGGCUUCGUGAAGGAUUCCUACCCCAUCUCUUCAGCUUUGCUCCUGGAGUUCGAGAAUGGGGAGGGCUACCCUCUGCUGCUCAAAGUGUUGCUUCGGUACGAUGGGCUGUCCCAGAGUGAGGUGGACCCCCACCUGGAGGAGCUCUUCAGGCUGGUGAUGUGGCUGACCACCUGUGGAAGGUCGGAGCUGAAGGUCUUUGACAGCAUCACUUACCCACAACGUGAAGGCUUCAAGUUCCAUCACGAGGCUUCUGGGGCAACUGUUAAGAAUCUUCAGGCCUUCCAAGUCCUACAGAAUGUCUUCCUCAAAGCCAAUGACCUUCACCUCUGCUCACAAGUCUUGUCGGUCAUCAGAACGCUGUGGAACUGGAACGCACGAAACUUUUUCCUGCUGGAGUGGACCCUGCAGCCUAUCUCACAGUUUGUAGAGCUCUUGCACCUGAAACCGGCCCCAGUGCAGAUGCAGUUCUUCCAGCUGCUGGAGGCUCUGGUGUUUGAGCUGUACUACGUGCCACAUGAAAUCCUGCGGAAGGUUCAGCGCCUGAUCAAGGAGAGCCCUGAGUCACCCUGUACCCUUGUGGCCCUGCAGAGCAUCCACAAAAUCACAGGCGGGGACCCAUUAUUCACUGACAUCUUCCGGGACUCAGGGCUCCUGGGCCUGCUGCUGGCCCAGCUGCGGAAGCGAGCCAAGAUCAUGAGGAAGUCAGGAAACACAGAGUUCAUCCCCGGCGUACAGGAUCCAGAAAGAGAGCUCACCUGCUUGAUGCUGAGGACUGUGGCUAUGCUUCUUGAAGGCUCAGUUCGGAAUGCAGCUGUUCUGAAAGACCACGGCAUGGUGCCCUUUAUCAAGAUCUUUCUGGACGACCAGUGCUACCGCGGGGCCUCGCUCAGCAUCCUGGAGCAGCUCUCCGUCAUCAACGCAGAGGAGUACAUGAGCACCGUCGUGGGCGCCUUGUGCUCGUCCACACAAGGGGAGAUGCAGCUGAAACUGGAUCUUCUCAAGUCUCUAAUUCGGAUCCUGGAAACUCCCAAGGGUCAUGCUGCUUUCAGAGUCUCCAGCGGAUUUAAUGGGCUGCUGUCUUUGCUGUCUGACCUGGAGGGGUCUCUCCAAGAACCCCCACUGCAGAUGUGGAGGCUGGUCUCCCCUAGCGAGACCCUGGACCUGGUCUUCCACACCCUCUGUGCCAUGUCUGCAGCACUGCACCUAGACCCUGUCAACAGUGACUUCUUCCAGAGGAACGGGCUGUUUGAGAAGCUGGCUGAGGAUAUCUGCCUGCUGGGCUGUUUUGGAGUCCUGGAGGAAGAGGGAGCCCUGCUGCCAUCCUGGGUAGACACAAAGCCCAGGCCCUUUGCUGAUUUGCAGAGCGCUGCCUUUUCUUCCACCAGCCCAUUGCCAUCCAGGAUACGGACUUGCCUCCAGAUCCUCAGCUUUCUGGACAGCAUGGCCAGCAGCACCCUCCAUCUGUGGUGUGACCUGAGCGAGUCCCCGAGGGCCGGGCUGGAGCCCGUUAUGGAUGCCCAAAAAAGAGAAGCUGGCAGUAGCCCCAAAAGCAGCUUCCAGCGGUGGGCAGACCUGGAGGAAAGGACGGAAGACGGUGAUGCUGCAAUCUUGCACCCCGGGAUGGUGUGUAUCAUGGUGAGGCUGCUGCCCCGGGUGUACCAUGAAGAUCACCCCCAGCUUUCCAUGGAGAUCCAGCACUCCCUGGCUGGCCACCUGCAGGCCCUGGUGAAGUCAGAGAAGAACCGCCAGGUCAUGUGUGAGGCAGGCAUGCUUAGCACCCUCAUGACCGCCUGCCACAAGGCCCUGGUCACCAGCAGCCACCCCCUGCACCUCAGCCUCAUCAGAAUUUUUGAGAAGCUUGCCUCCCAAGCCAUCACACCUGACGUGCUAAGACAGUUUCUAAGCCUUGGAAUCCCCCCACCUGUGCCAGCUGCUAUGAAAAUUCUCAGUUCAUCGGGUGUGCAUGGAGGUGGCCCUGGAUACUCAGGGUCUGCGGCAGCUGCGCUCGGCACUGUGGAGGGCCCCACAGACGCUGGCCCUGCGGUCUCGCAGGCCCUCAAGCCCUCGGCAGCCACCCUCCAGGCAGUGCUGAGCCUCAUCUCCAUGACCUCCCCCCGCAACCUGCAGCCUCAGAGGGCAGCCCUGGCUCCGUCGUUUGUGGAAUUCGACAUGUCCAUGGAAGGCUAUGGCUGCCUAUUCAUUCCUACCCUUUCUACGGUUAUGGGCACCAGCACCGAGUACUCAGUCUCCGGAGGGAUUGGGACAGGUGCUGCCAGACCCUUCCCUCCCCCCGGGGGCCUGACCUUCUCUUGCUGGUUCCUGAUCUGCCGGCAUGGUGUGGCCCCUGGCGGCCACCCGCUUCGCUUCCUCACGCUGGUACGCCACCUUGCCAGGACCGAGCAGCCCUUCAUCUGCCUCUCCAUCAGCCUCUGCCCUGAUGACUUCUCCUUGGUGGUGUCCACGGAAGAGAAGGAGUUCCAGCCCCUUGAUGCCAUGGAGCCCGAGGAUGUUGCUGAGCCUUCAGCGGGACGCCAGCUCCAGAUCAGGUGUGGGCAGCUGCUGGCUUGUGGUCAGUGGCAUCACCUGGCUGUGGUGGUCACCAAGGAGAUGAAAAGAAAUUGCACUGUUUCCACCUAUCUGGAUGGACAGAUCAUUGGCUCAGCCAAGAUGUUGUACAUUCAGGCCCUACCAGGACCUUUCCUUUCAAUGGAUCCAUCUUCAUUUGUGGAUGUGUAUGGAUAUAUUGCUACCCCUAGAGUUUGGAAGCAAAAAUCGUCAUUGAUUUGGCGUCUUGGCCCUGCAUACCUUUUUGAAGAAGCUAUCUCAGUAGAAACUCUGGAAGUUAUUAACAAACUUGGCCCAAGAUACUGUGGCAGUUUCCAAGCUGUCUAUGCCCAAGGAGAGGACUCUGAUGAUGAAGCUCUGGCCCUGGUCGCAGAGGAGAGGGUUUCCUUUGGACUUCACGUAGCCAGCUCAUCCAUCACCAGCGUGGCAGACAUAAGACACACUUACAACGAGGUGGACAGCCGCCUGAUAGCCAAGGAGAUGAACAUUUCAUCCCGUGACAAUGCCACGCCCGUGUUCUUGCUAAGAAACUGUGCUGGCCACCUCUCAGGCUCUCUUCGAACCAUAGGAGCGGUUGCUGUGGGCCAGUUAGGAGUGAGGGUGUUUCACUCCAGCCCUGCGGCCAGCAGCCUGGACUUCAUUGGAGGGCCCGCCAUCCUCCUGGGCCUUAUGUCCCUGGCGAAUGAUGACCACAACAUGUAUGCAGCUGUGAAAGUCUUGCACUUGGUCCUGACCAACAAUGCCAUGUGUGACCGCCUGAUGCGGCACAUCUCUGGGUACCAGAUAAUGACAUUUCUGUUGAGAAAAAAGACCUCACUCCUAAACCACAGAAUUUUUCAGCUAAUCCUCUCAAUUGCUGGUACUGCUGAGCUGGGCUUCAGAUCAUCUACUAUUGCCAACGUUGGAAUCUUCGAGCAUGUCCUCUGUGAUUUUGAGCUCUGGAUGAAUACUGCAGACAAUCUGGACCUCACCCUCUUUUCCCAUCUGGUUGAAAUCUUUCAGUCACCCAGGGAAGGACCCAAGAAUGCUGAAGUUGCCCACCAAGCACAGCUCAUACCCAAGCUCGUCUUCCUGUUCAAUGAGCCAAGUCUCACCCCGUCCAAGAUCCCCACCGUCAUUGCUAUCCUGGGCCACCAGCUGAGGGGCCACUUCAGCCUCCAGGACCUGCUCAGGGUGGCGCUGUUUAUCGUGUAUACUCUCAAGCCUUCAUCAGUGAGCGAGAGGCACAUCUGUGUAGAUGAAGUCCUGGACCUCUGCACACCUGCUGGAAGCCAAACAUCUGGAAAGACAAUCCGGCUCAGAAACCAGUUGCUGGAGAUGCUGCUCGGUGUGCUGUCUUCUCACCACCUUCAUCUGUCCUCCGAGAAAAAGGAAGAAACUUUUCUGAGCCUGGGGCCAGACUGGUUCCUGCUUCUUGUGCAAGGUCACCUGCACCCCAGCACCACCGUGCUGGGGCUCAAGCUGCUGCUGCACUUCCUGUCAAACCCCACGCUCCGGGGGCGAUUUAGAGAGGGCAUGCCCGCUGGAUCCUGGGUGGAAAACAGCACCGUGGCUGUGGAUAUCAUCAUGAACAACUUGAAGAGUCCCCCUGCCACACCUGAGCAGAGCCCCUGCCUGCUUCCUGGGUUCCGUGUGUUGAAUGACUUCCUGGCCCACCAUGUUCAUAUUGCUGAAGUCUACCUCAUCGUGUCUGCCUUCUUCCUGCAGACCCCACUCACAGAGCUGACCGACCAGCCCAAAGACAGCCUCGAGGCCAUGACUCAGUGGCUACUGCAGAAGCACUACAGGGAAGAGGUCCUCCGGGCUGGCCUGUGCUUGGAAGGUGCCCUACUGCUUCUGGAAAUGCUGAAAGCCACCAUGAACCAGCCCUUGGCAGGUUCUGCAGGUGGCACCUGGGAACAGACCUUCCCGGCCAGCAUGGUGCAGUUCCUGGGCCUCGUCCACCGUGCCUACUCCCAGGACCCCAUGUGGCAUGCCCCGGAGUUUCUCCAGACCUUGGCUGCAAUCACCUUCCCUUUGAGAAUCCAGAAGGGGGCCGUGGCUGAGUCUACCUGGAAUGUUAGCAGUCCUGGGGCUGCGGCCGAAGGUCGCAGUGAUGCAGAAGAUCUCCAGGCUCCUGCCCGGAAGCAGCUGAGGGAGUUCACACAGCUCCUCCUGAGGGGCCUUCUGAAAGCGGCUUCCUCGCCCAAGCAGUGGGUGCCACUGGAGGUGCUCCUGGAGGCCUCUCCUGACCAGGCCACCAGCCAACAGAAGCAAGACUUCCAGUCUGAGGUCCUGCUCUCUACCAUGGAGAUAUUUCGCAUUAUGAAUGAAGGCAAUGCACCGGUACCGGGAGGCGAUAAGGAGCCUCAACCAAAUGCAGAAGCUGCUGCUGCUCCAUCCCUCGCCAACAUCUCCUACUUCACCCAGAAGCUGGUGGAGAAGCUGCACAGUGGGAUGUUCACAGCCAACCCCAGACAUAUCCUUCUCUUCAUCACAGAGCACAUCAUGGUGGUCAUUGAGAGUGCCUCUUCUCAAAGGGAAGCUGUCCUCAGCGCUCUGUAUAGCAGUUUGAAUAAAGUCAUUCUGUAUUGCCUUUCCAAGGCUCAGCAGUCCCUCUCCGAAGGCCUCAGCCUUCUCAGCGUCCUGGGCUUUCUGCAGGAGCACUGGGACAUUGUCUUCGCCACCUACAACUCCAACGUCGGUUUCCUCCUGUGUCUCAUGCACUGCUUUUUGCAGCUCAACUCGAGAAGCUACCCAGAAGGAUUUGGAUUGGAACCCAAACCUAGAAUGACUCCUUAUCAUCAAGUCUUUCUUUCCCCAAAUGAUGAAGUGAGAGGAAAAAGAGGGGAAGACUUCCUAAGUUUGAGUGAUGUCCAGCACAACAUCCAGAGGAUGGUGAGGACUCUCUGGCAGCAGCUGGUGGCACAGAGGCGUCAGGCACUGGAGGAUGCCUUCAAGAUUGAUCUGUCUGUGAAACCUGGAGAAAGUGAAGUGAAGAUUGAAGAGGUCACUCCGCUCUGGGAGGAGACCAUGCUCAAGGCCUGGCAGCAUUACUUAGUAUCUGAGAAGAAGACGCUGGCCAGUCGUUCAAAUGUCACUCACCACAGCAAAGUCACUUCAUGGAGUGGGAGCCUGUCGUCAGCCAUGAGACUGAUACCCAGCCGGCUAGCCAAGGACCCUGAGUGCAAGGCAGAGGGUUUUGUGUCAUGUAUAGAGAGCUAUAGAAGGAAAGGACAGGAGCUAUAUGCAUCUUUAUACAAAGAUCAUGUGCAGAGACGGAGAUGUGGCCGCACCAAGGCAGCCAAUGCCUGGGCCAGGACCAAGGAGCAGCUCUUCGGGGAGCUGGGCUUGUGGGGCCAGACGGUGGGAGCCAUGCCCUGCUCGCAGUGGGAGCUGGACUGGCGAGAAGGACCCGCUCGCAUGAGGAGAAGACUCGGACGGCGGUCCCCACUGCAGGCCCAGAGCCAGGCAGCGCACAAGGAAAGCCAAGAAAGAAAUGAUAUUUCUCAAACAAAUGCUGGAAACAAAGAUGAACUGACACCAAAGGAAGUCGAGAUUGAGAGAGAGGAAGUGGCGGUAGACUGCACUCGGCUGACGUUCUUCCCUGCCUUACAUGAAAGUCUGCACUCGGAAGACUUCUUAGAACUGUGUAGGGAAAGACAAGUUAUUUUACAGGAGCUUCAUGAUCAAGAAAAGGUGUCACUGAAGUACUCCCUGGUGAUCGUGCAAGGGCACUUGGUCUCGGAAGGGGUCCUUCUCUUUGGCCACCAGCACUUCUACAUCUGCGAGAAUUUCACGCUGUCUCCUGUGGGUGACGUCUUCUGCACCCGCCACUGCUUGUCCAACAUCAGCGAUCCGUUCAUUUUCAACAUGUGCAGCAAGGACAGGUCCUGUGACCAUUAUGCGUGCCAGUGCCACAGCUACUCGGACAUCAGGGAGAUUCGCCGGACACGCUUCCUUCUGCAGGACAUCUCCCUGGAAAUCGUUUUCCAAAACGGAUAUUCCAAGUUUCUUGUCUUCCACAACAAUGACCGGAGUAAGGCCUUCAAAAGCUUCUGCUCUUUCCAGCCCGGCUUGAAGGGGAAAGGCGUCCCAGAGGAUUCCCUCAACCUAAGGAAACACCCCGGCUUGGACAGAACCAUGCUGCAGAGGUGGCAGAAGAAGGAAAUCAGCAAUUUUGAGUAUCUCAUGUACCUCAACACUCUGGCUGGGAGGACCUACAAUGACUACAUGCAGUAUCCAGUGUUUCCCUGGGUUCUCGCUGACUACACCUCAGAGACUUUGAACUUAACAAACCCCAAGACUUUCCGGGAUCUUUCGAAGCCCAUGGGGGCUCAGACCAAGGAAAGAAAGCUGAAAUUCGUCCAGAGGUUUAAAGAAGUUGAGAAGACUGAAGGAGACCUGAUUGUCCAGUGCCACUACUAUACUCACUACUCCUCUGCUAUCAUUGUCGCCUCCUACCUGGUCCGGUUGCCACCCUUCACCCAGGCCUUCUGCUCUCUGCAGCUGCCAUCAAGUCAGCUUCAACUCCUGAUGACCCAGGGUGGAAGCUUUGAUGUGGCGGAUAGAAUGUUCCACAGUAUGAAAAACGCAUGGGAGUCUGCCUCCAGGGAGAACAUGAGCGACGUCAGGGAACUGACCCCGGAGUUCUUCUACCUGCCCGAGUUCCUAACCAACUGUAAUGCAGUGGAGUUUGGCUGCAUGCAGGAUGGGACGGUGCUGGGGGACGUGCAACUCCCUCCCUGGGCUGAUGGAGACCCUCGGAAAUUCAUCAGCUUGCACAGACAGGCUCUGGAAAGUGACUUUGUCAGCGCCAACCUCCACCAGUGGAUAGACCUUAUUUUUGGAUACAAGCAGCAAGGCCCAGCUGCAGUGGAAGCUGUUAACACCUUCCACCCCUAUUUCUAUGGUGACAAGAUGGACCUCAGCAGCAUCAGAGACCCACUGAUCAAGAGCACCAUCCUGGGCUUUGUCAGCAACUUUGGACAAGUGCCCAAACAGCUCUUCACCAAGCCCCACCCGACCAGGACUGGCUCAGGAAAGCUGUCACCUGGAAGAGAUGUGAACACGCCCACAAGCCUUCCGGGCCACCCCCAGCCAUUCUUCUACAGCUUGCAGUCUCUGAGGCCCUCGCCAGUCACAGUCAAAGAUAUGUACCUCUUCUCUCUAGGCUCCGAAUCCCCCAAGGGAGCCAUCGGUCAGAUCGUCCCCACGGAGAAGGCCAUCUUGGCGGUGGAGAGGAACAAGGUGCUGUUGCCUGACUUCUACAAUAGGACCUUCAGCUGGGGCUUCGACGAUUUCAGCUGCUGCCUGGGCACAUACGGCUCUGACAAGGUCCUGAUGAAGUUUGAGAACCUGGCCACCUGGGGCCGCUGCCUGUGCGCUGUGUGCCCAUCAGCCACAAUGGUUGUCACGUCGGGAGACAGUGCUGUGGUGUGUGUAUGGCAGCUCUGCAUGGCCAGAGGCCAGGCGAGAGGCCUGCGCCUCAGACAGGCCUUGUACGGACACACGAAGGCUGUCAAGUGCCUGGCGGCAUCCAUCACCUUCAGCCUCCUGGUGAGCGGUUCCCAGGACUGCACCUGCAUCUUGUGGGAUCUGGACCACCUUACCCACGUGGCCCGCCUGCCUGCCCACCGGGAGGGCAUCUCCGCCAUCGCGAUCAGUGACGUCUCGGGCACCGUGGUCUCCUGUGCUGGCGCCCAUUUGUCCCUGUGGACUGUCAAUGGACAGCCCCUGGCCAGCAUUGCCACAGCCUGGGGCCCAGAAGGAGCUAUAACCUGCUGCUGUGUGUUGGAGGGGCCGGCAUGGGACACAAGCCAUGUCAUCAUCACGGGGAGCCACGACGGCAUGGUCCGGAUCUGGAAGACGGAGGAUGUGAAGCUGUCUGUUUCCCAGCAUGCGGUGGCAGAGGGGCCCACAGCUCAGCCUCCAAGCCCAAGAGGUCACAGGUGGGAGAAGAAUCUGGCCCUGUGCCGAGAGCUGGAUGUCAGUGUCGCUUUGACAGGGAAGCCCAGUAAGACCAGCCCUGCAGUGACAGCUUUGUCUGUGUCCAGGAACCAGUCCAAGCUCCUGGUUGGUGAUGAGAAGGGGAGGAUCUUCUGCUGGUCUGCAGAUGGGUAGGGGGAAGAGACGGCACUGGGCCCUCCUUGGGUGCUCUCUGAGGGCAGUGGCACCAGGUGAAGUGCGACAGGAUGCAGGGCCUGAGCCGGCUACAGAGGGAACCUCGGGGCCUCCCCUUCCUCCCCCAUGGCACCAGAGCCCAUUGGACUGGCUCCAUGGCCCCAGGAACUCCACCUUUGAGUCCAGAAGAAUGUGCCUCUACAAGAUGGACAAGCACGCAUUCAGGGGUCUCCCAGCAGCUCGAUGGUAGAAGCUGAAGCCACACUUCACACCAAGUUACUCAUGAGCCACCUUAUCAAAGGGUUUAUUGCACUGAAAAAAAAUUGGGUUGUUUACUGGAAACUGAUGAAAAAUAGGUAUUGUCUUUAUUUUAUUAAAGUAACUCUUUUCCAAACGUGAGAAGUCUCCUGAGUUU